AUGGUUGCCCUGCCGGACCCCACCUCCAUCAAGGUCUACACCGUCAACGGAGCCGCCUCGGGCUCCUCAUCAUCUCUGCCGGACUGGCUUACUCGGAAACGCGCAGCCAAAGGCAAGGGAAAACGCGCGGCGAUCCGCGAACAGAUCGAGGGUAGCAUUGAACUCAUUCAGCACUUCGAGUUCCCCGAGGCGAGCAAUCGCAUUAAAACGACCCCGGACGGGCAUCAUGCAGUGGCAACGGGGACAUACAAGCCGCAGAUCAAGGUCUGGGACCUCGACCAGCUGUCACAGAAAUUCGAGCGGCAUACGGAUGCGGAAAAUGUCGACUUUGUUAUGCUGUCGGAUGACUGGACAAAGUCUGUGCAUCUGCAGAACGACCGGUCGGUUGAGCUGCACACGCAAGGCGGCUUCCAUUACCGCACGCGCAUACCCCGCUUUGGCCGUGCGCUCGCGUACCAUUUCCCCUCGUGUGAUGCGUUGAUUGCUGCCUCUGGCCCGGAGGUCUUCCGGCUGAAUCUCGACCAGGGCAGGUUCCUCAAUCCGCUCGUGCUCCAAGGUGCAGGCGGCGAGGAGAUCGCAGGCGUGAACACGAUCGACAUCAACCCCGCCCAUCAGCUAUUUGGGUUCGGCGUGGAAGGGAAUGGGACGGUCGAGUUUUGGGACCCGCGCUCGAGGGCGAAAGUCGGGAUACUGCGGCUUCCGCGCGAGCGGCUCAUGUCUGUGGGCGCUGCCUCUAUGCCGACGUUGCCCGGCAUCGACGAGGGGAGCCUGCGGGCGUUGUCCGUCACGGCGAUAUCAUCGAGACUGGACGGGCUCUCGUAUGCUAUUGGAACGUCUAGCGGGCAUACGCUACUCUAUGAUAUCCGGUCAGGACGGCCACUGGCUAUCAAGGACCAGGGAUACGGUCUGCCUGUGAAGAAGGUGACUUGGAUCGAAGGUGGGAGCCGCAUGGCGGGCGACGGCCUUGUGCUUAGUGCGGACAAGAAGGUCAUCAAGAUCUGGGAUCGGCACUCGCCUGAGACGAACUUUGCGUCCAUCACGCCCGCGCAGGACAUUAACGAUGUGCACCAUGUGCCAGGCAGUGGCCUGCUGCUGCUCGCAAACGAGGGCAUCCAGAUGACCACCUUCUUCAUCCCACAACUCGGGCCUGCACCGCGUUGGUGCAGCUUCCUCGAGCAUCUCACGGAGGAGAUGGAAGACCAGACGGCGCGCACCGCAUACAAAGACUACAAGUUCGUGGAGCGCAGCGAGCUCACGAUCUUGGGCCUCGACCAUCUCAUUGGUACGCCUGCGCUUAAGCCGUACAUGCACGGCUACUUUAUCUCGCUGCCGCUGUACGAUGCCGCGCGUGUCAUUGCCAACCCGUACGUAUAUGCCGAGCACCGCGAGCGCGCGGUGCUCGCGAAGGUGGAGCAGCUCGCGGAGACGCGCAUCCGUGCACGCAAGGAGACGAACGUGAAGGUGAACAAGCUGCUUGCGGAGAAGAUCCGGAAGGAGGAGGAGCGUGAGCGGCGGAGGGAAGAGCGCAAGCUCAAAAGGCGCGCGGCGAAAGAGCAGGCCGAGGAGGACGCAGUGGAGGUUGACGAGGAGAAUGCUGCAAGUGGCUCUGAGCAGAGGAAAGAACAGGAGCACGAGCACGAGAAGGAGAAGGAGAAGGAGAAGGAGCGCGAGAAGCCGAGCCUGCUCACAGAUCCGCGAUUCAAGGCGCUAUUCGAGAAUCCCGAUUUCCAGGUCGACGAGACAACGAGAGAGUUUGCAUUACUUAACCCGUCGACGGUUGCACAGCAGCACAACCGAGCGACGCCAAGUAGCAGGCGGACGAAGACAGCAGUUGAGGAGGAGGAAGAAGAGAGCGACAAGGCAUCUUCCGACGGUCUUAGUGAUAGCGAGGAGAAGGAGAGUGAUGGUGAUAGCAGCGAAGACAGCGAUGUCGCUGGUGAGCCAAAGGUCCAGUUUGUUCCCCUGCAAGCCAAGACGGAUGCAUCAGGUGCGCGUCUUGUCGGCAGGAACGCUACGUUCGGCCAGCGACGUGCCACGCUCGGGGAUGCCAAGGGUAAACGUAGAGCAUCUGCACACGACGCGAACGUACGGCAUACUGCGGACGGCGGCAUGGAAGUCUCGUUUAUUCCGUCACAGACAAGGUAUGAUGGCGAGGAGAUGAUCGGCGACGACGAGGCGCCUGCCGGUACUAGGAACCCGAAGGGCAAGGAGAAAGCGAAGCGGAAGGGCGUAGAAAGCUUCGGGGCAGGGAUGGAACGUGGAGGUGAGGACGCCGAGAAGAUAAUGAGUGAGAGCGAACGGAAAGGACGGAUGCAGAGGAGGAAGGGAAUGCGCAGUGGAAGUAAAAACACAUUUAGGAAGCUGUGAACACAGCAUCCGUUUUGUAUAGAUUCAUACAUGUUGAGCCACUCUGUUGCCGACGGUGGCCACUCCGGAGAGUCGCCUCACCGGUGAGCGCUCAAGGCUCGCGUCCGGCUCGCUGUUGUUUAUUGAGACACUUUCCCUCGCCGUCGGACCGGAAAGAUCAGGGAUGCGGGAGUUACGCUGGCUCUUGGUUUGUCAUACCGAGCACGACAUCAAGAGUUUCGCGCUACUUAUGGUUUUACUGCUUAAGCUAGUGUACAGUAUCAUCCUACUGGCAAAGCGCAACGCGUUCUUAAUGGGACUCACGAGCCUGAGUUUCAGCAGA